AAACUGAACCUAUCAGGACAUCCUCCUGUCCUGUUGUGUUUGGUCAUGAAUCGGAGGUCAGGAGAGAGAGAGCGAGAUAAAUGAAUGAAAGCAGACGAGGUUUACCCCCACUGGACGUGGUUUUUGUGUCUCUAAUGUGACUGUGGAUGUUUGGCGUGGACGCUGCGGUUGAGCGGAGCUGACGUCAAAGCCUGCUCUCUCCCAUCAUCACCACCGGUCCAGCUCUACCUCGAAGACACAUCCGCUCCCUUCAGGCAGCUUUUCCGUCUCGGCUACGAGGUAAACGGAGUGCAUCGCUCUGCGUGGUCCGAGCCUCGGGCCAGACGGACUGAAUCAAGCACUUUACGUAGCAGCUACCAUCAGGGAGUCCAGAGGAAAAAGAUAACACCCGCCAUCUUUUAAAGAAGUCAUGCCCAUCUGGUCCCCUCAUGGCAGGGUCACUAUGACGAUCACCUCCCAGCCGGUGUUGCUGCUGGCGCUGGCCGUGCUGCUCUGCCGGGCCGGCCAGGUGACGUGUCAGGAGCAGAGCGACACACAGUCACCUGCCCAGGUUCUCCAGGACCUGCUGGCCCGCUACGGAGACAACAGUACCAUCACGGUGCCUCAGCUGCGCUCCCUCCUGGCGCUGCUGAGUGAGAGCCAAAGCGAAAGCUCAAACGACGGCCGAGAUGAGGCAAAGACGACGACAGUUACGCCACCCAAAACAAACGGCUCCAAGUGCUUGCCUGCAGACACGCUGGCCAUUUACAGCAUCAGUGAGCAGUCGCGGCUGGACGGGCCAGGUCUCCAGAAACUGUGCCCCACCAUGCUGCAGCAGCUGGACGCUGGCACCUGCAAGACGAAAAAGGGGGAGGAGCUAAUUACUGACCCCGCCCCCAGGCCUUCAGAUGCAGAAGUGUGGGGUUUUUCUUUUCUGAGCGUGACUGUGAUCAAUGCCUGCUCUCUCACCGGAGUUGCCAUCGUACCUCUGAUGAAGACGAAUUGCAUGAAACAUGCGCUGAACUAUUUCAUCGCUCUGGCCAUUGGCACGCUCUUCUCCACAGCCGUCCUCCAGCUCAUACCCGAGGCCUUCGGUUUCGACCCGAUGGUGGACUUCUACGUGUCCAAAUCGGCCGUGGUUUUCGGAGGCUUCUACCUCUUCUUCUUCACAGAAAAAGUUCUCAAGGCUCUCCUUAAGCAAAAGCAAGGGAGCCACGGCCACAGUCACUACAGCAGCGCAGAUCACUUCUCGGCCCCGGACAGGGACGCCGAGGAGGGCGAGAAGCUGCAGCAGAACGGAGAGGCUGGCGGCCUGGCGGAGGGGAAGGUGGACGAGGCCGGCGAGGGAGAGCUCAUGCUCAGCCCCGGACAGGCGCCACAGGAGUCUGAGAGGCCGGAGAGCGCAGCGGCGGCGCGGUCGGGCGGCCGAGGCGGCGGCUGCUACUGGCUGAAAGGAACGACUUACUCUGACAUCGGCACGCUGGCCUGGAUGAUCACGCUGAGCGACGGCCUGCACAACUUCAUUGACGGCUUGGCUAUCGGCGCCUCCUUCACCGCCUCGGUCUUCCAGGGCAUCAGCACCUCCGUGGCCAUUCUUUGUGAGGAGUUCCCGCACGAACUCGGAGACUUUGUGAUCCUCCUGAAUGCCGGCAUGAGCAUCCAGCAGGCGCUGUUCUUUAACUUCCUGUCGGCCUGCUGCUGCUACCUGGGCAUGGGCUUUGGGAUCCUGGCCGGCAACAGUUUCUCCCCGAACUGGAUCUUCGCUCUGGCUGGAGGGAUGUUCCUCUACAUCGCUCUGGCAGACAUGUUUCCAGAGAUGAACGAAGUGAGUCGUGAGGAAGAGGACGCAGGCGGCAGCAGGUUCCUCAUCACCUUCGGCAUCCAGAACGCGGGGCUCCUGACGGGCUUCGCCAUCAUGCUCCUCCUCACCACCUAUUCAGGACAGAUCCAGCUGGGCUAGUGCCGGACUCUGGUAGAAACGGGGCCCAGUUCUGCUCGGUUCUGCUGCAGGGAUCCGAUUGUGCGGCGGGAACGCACAGUCCUGUAUCUAAAAGAACUGACUGCUUUUGUGCAGCUCUGACAUGCAGUAAAGUUCAUGACCUUUGAA